ACAAGGUAUGAGUUGUUAAAACCUCCACAACUACAACAUGAAAAUGCUGCGUAUGCAGUGCUUAAGCAGUAAUAAUUAAACAAUAUUAUAACGUGCAAAAAUUUACCACUGAGGGGCCAUUCUGCCGCAUAAAUGCCAUUUUUAACUUUGACAAUUUAAGUACACAUCUCUGUAAACACUUAGGUACCUUUACUUGAAAGUACUUUACCAGUGAAAUGACCAUUUGUAUAUCAACCACCCAUCAUGUGUUACCUCGAGUCCUCAUGAAUUGAGUUAAUCAGCGUCCAAAUGACCAAACUGAAGACUCAGAAAACAGUACACAAAAACAAAUUGAAAAAACAAAAAAAACAAAUACAAGAAUACAAAAGGGCCUGAUAUGUCACAUGAGGUGAUAUGACUAAAAUUUGCAAAAGGAGCAAUUUCUGUUUUUGUUUUUUUUCCACAUUUAACAAAAGCUUUAAAAAACUAUAUUAAAACAUUGAUUUGCAAACUCUCACACAGCCCAUACAGUAUAAUCUAAGUCUAAGAUUAUAAAUGAGCCUGAGUGUAGGAGCAAAAUAUGUUUGUUAAAUAAUCCAAGAUUUAAUUGGUAGUUCACUGUUUUGAACACAGGGUGUCGCUGUUGUGUUCUCAUGCGCAGGUGUAAAGGUAGGCGGGUCACUGUUGUCGUCAGGUGUUUGACCCAGAAGGGCAAAGGGUUCUUGACCGCCACGGCGCUAAAUGUUUGACACGCCGUAUGCCAAAUGCUUUGGUCUUUUUUGGAACUAAAUGGACAUUGUUCAUGCUUGCGGAGGCGACGUGGAGGACAAGGAGAGCUGCUGGGAGCUGCGCGGAUUGCUGCUGCGGUCUGGAGGACGUGUGCGGCCAUCCAUGGGCGUACAGGCGGAGCUACGGUGCUAAUGCUAACGCCGGCUGUGGAGCAUCGUACCACGGAUCAUCGCACGGCGCCCAACGUAAGGAGGAAAACAAUGCACCCACUCGGCAAAAGCGUCAACAUGGUUUCCUGGAAUCAAGAUGAUCCAAAGAAAGACAGCUCAGCACCUCCCUUUCGCCUUGUGCAGCCCCCAAAAAUCACUAUUCCAAAGGCAAACAAGCGAGACAAGAAAGAGAGGUGGGAGGGCAGACGUGCAAGAGACGACCUGUCCCGUGAUGACUUGUUGUUUCUGCUCAGUAUUCUGGAGGGAGAACUACAGGCCAGAGAUGAGGUAAUCACUGUGUUGAAAUCGGAGCAGACAGACUCAGCUCUACUGGGGGCCCAAUAUGGUUUCAGCAGACCGGAGAAGGUGCUCCGUGCCCUGCAGAGAGACUCCCUCCGGGCCCAGCAGGACCACCAGCAGGAUGUGAACAAAAAACCAAUUGCUGAGCUCAACCACUUGGUGGAGUCCCAGAAGCGCUCAUUUGAACGGAUGCAGCAGCAGCUCCUGGAGGUGUCCCGCUCUCACAGCAGCGCCCUGCACAGGCUUCAGGAGCAGGAGAGCAGCCACGGGGCUUUUAUCCACAAGAGUCACUGCCUUACCACUCUACUGGAGGAGGACAGAGAGAGACUCAAGCUGCUGCUUGUAAAGGAGAGAGAAUACCAAGAGAUAAAGGAGAAGAAACGUGAAAGAGAAAUAUCAACUCUAAAGGACGAGCUGACCAAGCUGAAGGGUUUUGCGCUGCUGGUUGUAAAGGAGCAAGAGUGUCUGAGUGACCUGCUGGAGGAGGAGAGGGGUCGCAUCCAAGAACUGACCGCCAUCACUGACCACAUCAAGCAGGAGGUCAGUGCCGCUAACCCCGGCACAAAGAAGGAGGAGCACAUAUCUCUGCACCAUAAUCAAGUUUCCAUUGUCCACCAAAGCCAGAGCACCAUGACAGCCCCAAGCCUGCUGUCAGAGGUCGAGGUACUGAGGAGAAGAGUCGUGGAAAUGGAGGGAAAGGAUGAGGAGCUGAUACGCAUGUGGGAACAGUGCCGAGAUCUGGACCGCAGACUGGCGAGGGAGACCAGCCACUGCCGUAGCUUAAAAGUUGAGGUGGAUAAACUCAAUGGGAGGAUCAGUGAAUUGGACAGGUUAGAGGACGCUUUAGGUAAGAGCAAACAGGACUGCAGUAUUCUGAAGGGCAGCUUGGAGCGAGAGAAAGAGGUGAGCAAGUUGCUGUCUGGUGAGCUCAACACUCUGAAAGUUAGGGUGAGAGAGCUGGAGGCCAACGAAGGCCAACUGGAAAAGAGUGAGGCGGUGAUUAGGCAGGACCUGGCCAAGCUCAGGUCACUGACUGUAGCUUUGGUGGAGGACAGAAAGACCAUGGCUGAGAGGCUCAGACAGGCUGAGGAAAAACUCAACAGGAAGGAAGGCAAAAGAAAUGAGCAAAGCAAUUUGGCAACGAUGACAGAGAGACUGAGAGAGGAGAGGCAGCAGGCACUGAGGUGUAAGGUAGAUUUAGAGGAAAGGAUUAAGGGCAUAACAAAGGAAAAACAUGAGCUUCAAGACAGACUGAAAACAGAGGAGGAAAGGAACGGAGAGCUACAGAGUAAAAUAACCAUAAUGAAGAAAAGGUUGCAAGUCUUAGAAAACAGGAAAGAAAAAGAGGAGAAGUACACAUACAGCUCUAUUCCCAACAACCAUCACUGCCAAACAGAGGACAACAAAGUAAAAGAACUGACAAGAGAGCUAGAUGGACUGCGAAAGAGACUACAGGACAAGGAGGUGUUGGAGGAAGAGCUGAUGAAGGUGGAGGAGGACUUUGAGUCCCUACAAAAGAGGUUCAAGGACGAACAGAGGAGGACUCAGGCUCUAACAGAGGAGCUAGAGGCCGCAAAGAGGGAACUCUCCAGAUACGAGCAGGCAGAGAAGCAGGAGGUCAACCAGGAGCACCUUCUCCUAUGCCGUCUUCAGAAAGAGCAGGUUAAGUCCAGACUAUUAGGCAGAGAGGUGGAUGCCCUGAAGGAGAAACUGCAGAAGCUGAUGGGAACUGAGGAGUCCAUCUGCAGGGUUCAGACGGAUCACUCCGUGCUGCAGAGAAAGCUGACCCAGCAGGAAGCCAGCAACAGAGAGCUGGCCAGAGAGAUGAAGGAGCUGAGUAGUGAGCUAGACAGGCACAGACGAAUCAAGAAUCUCACACCUGGUGCAAACAGACAACUUUUUUCAGACCUUCAUCAGACCACCAAAGAGGUUCAGACUGAGCCAGCAGAUAGCCUGCCUCCUGACUACAGUGAGAAACUCGAUAAAGAAAUUGAGGAUGAGGAUCCAAACCACAAUGCAGAAGUCAUAAACAGGAGGAGCUCUCUUGUCAACAAUCUGAACAGCUUAAACAGCACAAAUAAUAACGUCAGCCAGUACAGCAGUCAUUCAGCCAAUGGUGUAGAUAUGCACCAAACGGUUAACGGAGAGGUGAUGUUAACGCACACACCGGGGCAGCCCUUGCACAUCAAAGUAACACCACAUCAUAUACUCAACACAGCCAUGCUGGAGAUCAGCAGCCCCACUGGAGACGCAGCUACAUCCUACACCAGCACAGCUGUCAUCCCAACAAGCGGGGCCUCACCUAAACAGAGAAUAACCAUCAUCCAGAACUCAGCUCUGUCUGCAGUUAAUUCCAAAACCCCACCUUCAAGCCCUGACCGCACCAUCUCCCCACUUGACAGCACACCCAUCUCUCAGGUGAUGAACCCAAACUCAUCGCGCUCUGCAACACCCGACCACAGCUCCCCCAUUCAGAUAGUCACAGUCCGGACCUGCUCUCCAGAGCCAGCAGACGCCGCGCAUCAGACCGUCUUCUGCAAGACGCCGGAGCGACAGAACAGCUGGCAACAUCAGAGGUCCAACAGCACCGACUCAAGCCCAAGCAUCAUCGCCACGGAGGAUAACAAGAUCCACAUCCAUCUGGGGAGCCCCUAUAUCCAGUCUCUGAAUGGUAUGACCCACAGCAUCCCACAGCCUGCUGGGCCAUACUAUGUCCGACAUGAGCAAAGGACUCAAGUGCUCGCCAACGGCUGUCAUGUCAAAGGUGUUGGCAAGAUUACAAGUAGCAUCACUAUAUCCCCUGCUACCUCUGCAGCUUCACAUUCCUCUAAUAUAACAAUUCCUCUAGGGUCGCUGAAGAAGCCCGGCCCAACAAGGAUUCCCAAGACCAAAGGAUUAACUCAUAGAAGAGGCAACAGAGCUCCCAGUACAGGACAGAAAAAUGUUAAAUCUACCUCAGAGAAUACAGAGAAAACAUUGACCUGAGAAUGACCAACAGACCUGCGACUGCAACGUGUUUAAUACCACUUUCAUAAUAAAACAUAUCCAAAGUACAUUAAAGAACUGCGAUUUAAAUGUAGACAUCUGGGCAGCAACAUGAUCAGUUUAUAUUCAAUGGUCACUUGAAUAUAAACUAUACAUCUAUCGAGAAUUUGUCACCACAGAGUCAAAAAACUGCUUCAGUGCAUGUCAAAAAUGUACUGACUGUAGUAAAAAAUAGCCAACACAUGAUUCCUUAUCUUAAAGGAUGUGUUACAAAUGAGUAAAGAAAGUGAUGCCACAUGCUGCAAUGAAAAAUCUGUCAAUCUGCUCAUCUGUAAAGGUAAAAAGCAAGAUGGUAGACCAUAUUUUCAACAGGUAAUGUGUUUUUGUUUUUUUGUCACCCACACAACAAACACCACCUUACCUUACUAUCAUAAAAACUGAAAACUUAAAGGGAACAGUUAAUCAGGUUAGAAAUCUCGGGUUAAUAAUGGACUCAGACUUGAACUUAAACAGCCACAUCAAAUCAAUAACAGCAGCAGCUUUUUACCAUCUAAAAAACAUUGCCAAAAUCAAAGGUAUAGUGUCUAAACCUGACUUGGAGAGACUUGUCCAUGCAUUUGUCUCUAGUAGGUUAGACUACUGUAACGGCCUGCUCACUGGCCUCUCCAAACGGGCCGUAAGACAGCUGCAGUACAUCCAGAAUGCUGCUGCUCGGGUCCUGACCAGAACCAGGAAGUACAAGCACAUUAGUCCUGUACUCAGGUCUCUACACUGGCUUCCUGUGGCUCAGAGAAUAGACUUUAAAGCAGCUCUGCUUGUGUACAAGUCUCUCCAUGGCCUAGCACCAAAGUACAUCUCUGACAUGUUAGUGCCAUAUGAACCAUCUCGGACUCUGAGGACCUCAGGGACCGGCCUCCUGCUGGUGCCCAGAGUCAGGACUAAACAUGGGGAAUCAGGAUUCCAGUUUUAUGCAGCUAAAAUCUGGAACAGUCUUUCUGAAGAUGUGAGACAGGCCUCUACUCUGACAAUGUUCAAAUCUAGACUCAAAACAGCUUUAUUUCACUGUGCAUAUGACUGAAAGGAUCUUAUCUGCACUCUUCUCUUUUAAAGUUCAUUUUAUAAUGAUUAUUUAUGUUUUUAUUUUGUAUUGUGAUUUUAAUGCAUUUUCUUGUUCUGUAAAGCACUUUGAAUUACUUUGUGUAUGAAUUGUGCUCUACAAAUAAACUUGCCUUGCCUUGC